AGCUAAGGAAUAAACACUGCCGAUGCUUUAGUUUAGCGAAUGGCAUAUAUUUUUGUUUACUUGUGGUAAAAAUUGUAUUAAACUUUAAAAAUAUUUAUAAGUAAUGGCUGGCGAGGUUAUUGUGGACGCUCUGCCGUAUAUAGAUCAUGGUUAUGAUGAUGUGGGCGUCAGGGAAUCGGCCCUUGCCAUGGUGGAGGAGGAAUGCCGUCGGUAUCGCCCCACCAAGAACUACCUGGAUCACCUGCCCCUUCCCGCCACUUCGCCAUUUGAGACUCCUUUGAUGGUCAACGAGUUCGAGCGCAUCCAGAACCGGCUGCCCAUGGAGACGCUCUCAAUGAAGCGCUACGAACUGCCGCCACCGCCCUCCGGAAAGCUGUCGGAGGUGUCCGCCUGGCAGGAAGCCAUUGAGAACUCCAUGGCCCAGCUGGAGCAUCAAUGGGUGCGAUCCCUCAACCUGGAACUGAUGCUCGACUAUGGGACGGAGGCGUGGAAGUCCUACCUGGAGGUAUUCACCGCCAUGCAGGCGAAGGCGCAACUCCAGCUGCAGCAGCUGAAGAAGGACAUCCAGGACGUCAACUGGCAGCGCAAGCAGGCGCAGACGCAGGCCGGCGAGCGAUUGCGUUCGCUGGAGGCCCAUUGGGUGCUUCUGGUGUCCAAGAACUACGAGAUCGAGACGGAGUGCGUCGAGCUGGAGAAGCUGGUCCACGCGGCCCGCCAGAAGCUGCAGAGCGUGGCCCCGCCAGUCGCAAGUGCCAAUGACACGGCUCCCACGCCGGAGCACACGAAUGGAUUCGACCAGGACGAUCUGGUCGAGAGCAAUGCCAGCAGUUCCAGCAAUAGUAAUAGCAAUAGCAAUCCAGAUCAAGAGGGUGGUGCAGCUGUUGCAGAAGUCGUGAAUGAGGAUGAGAAAAUGGAGGCCCAGGAAGAGUCCUCCAAUGAGUCGACGUAAAAUAAGUCUAUUAACUAACUAACUAAAAUAAAUAAAUAAGAUUGAAUAUGGCA